GCCUCUAGGGUCACAGAAUUCGAUGGAUUUGCAUAGCACCGAACAAGACAUACUGUAGAUUUGCAUGUAUUCAGUCGAGGUUUUAACUUCUUAGCUUGUAGUUUAAAACUAGUAUAUCCCUAUGUCUGAACGUGUUUGCGGAAAACGCUCAAGGCUAAAGUUCAGCAGUUAAUUCUUAACUUCAGGAAGAAAGAAAGCGAGAUUGAGAGAGUUCAUACAGAGGCGAGGCAGCUGCUCUUUCACUUUUCUACAAGCCUCGGAGGUCAUUUUUAACAGUACUAUGGAACUGAGUCGCCCAGAGUUGUUUGAUUUUCACGGUGUGUCCAUGGCUCACUAUUUCACUGAUAGCUGGGACCAAGUGCAAAAUUUCAAGGCCAGAUCUGAUGACAUUAUGAUUGCAACCUAUCCUAAAGCAGGUACAACCUGGGUUUCCCAGAUUUUGGACCUGCUGUACUUUGGAAAGUCUGAUCCUGGCCGCCAGACCUCCGUUCCCAUAUAUGACAGAGUUCCUUUCCUUGAGCUCUGCAUCCCAAAUGUACAUUCGGGUAUAGAAUCAGUGGAACAGAUGACUUUGGUUCCUCGCAUCAUCAAAACUCAUUAUCCUGUUCAGUUCGUGCCCAAGUCCUUCUGGGAACAAAAUUGCAAGAUCAUUUAUGUGGCCCGUAACGCAAAAGACAAUGUUGUGUCCUACUUUCACUUUGACCGCAUGAACAUGGUGGAGCCAGAACCUGGAGACUGGCCCAGUUAUCUGCAGAGGUUUCAGGAGGGAAAAUUGGUGUUUGGCUCAUGGUACGACCAUGUGAAAGGAUGGUGGGAGAAAAAGCAGACAUACGCCAACAUCCACUACAUGUUCUACGAAGACCUCAUUGAGGACACGGCCCAGGAGAUAGAGAAGAUCUGCUCCUUUCUGAACAUCUCACCAACGCAGGAGGAGAAAGAUCACGUGAUAAAAGAGGUGGCAUUCGACACCAUGAAGAAGAAUAAAAUGGCCAACUACUCCACCGAUGUUGUCAUGGAUUUCAAAAUUUCACCAUUCAUGCGAAAAGGAAAGGUUUCUGACUGGAAAAACCAUUUCACUGUGGCUCAGAAUGAGCAGUUUGAUGAAGUCUAUCAGAAAAAGAUGGCAAACACCACCCUCAGGUUCAGGACAGAAAUAUAGUCUGAGUGUAAGCAUGUAAGGCAGUGGUCAUGCUGUCACGCAGAAGCUAAUAGUAGCCCACAGGGAUCCACUGAGUAGCCUGCAUAUGGAGUCAGAGCAAUUUUUUUGUGUUUGAAUAUAUUUGACUGUCUCAAACACGUAUGCUGCACAGUGGAUGAUGCUUUUAAAAUUAUUGUCUUUGUAAAAGUAGCUCACACGCAGUAAAUAUGGUUGGAGACACUUGAUAUAAGGCAGUAAUUCUCAACCCAUGGGUCGCGAACCAAAUUUGCAUCGUGACAAAUUCUGAAAGGGUCAGGAGGCAGAGUUGGAAAUGUAAGCAUUUUAAAACUACCAAGCUCCUGUGCUGAUCCACGAUCAGAUUUGCCAGCCUUAAUCCUAGAAUUAACCUAUAUAAACAGGCUUAGAGCAAGACUAGUGAACACUCAACCAAUCCAAGAAGCCAAAUCAAAGAUGCUUAAUUUAAAAUUCACUGGCACAUCCAAUCAGAUUUGUGCGAUCGGCAUUGAUUGGCGUAAACUGCAUGCACUGCACGCUUGAACAUAGCGUUUAUUUAAACCUAUGUUUGAUAUAUGGUCAUGACUGAGCUGGCAUGGUAAAAAUUGGGUCGCAGUGCAAAGGUUAAGAACCACUGGUAUCAGGCAUUCAGUAUGCACGCUCAUGUAUGCAUGCUAUUCAAAGGGCUUCCACCAGAUGGAGCCAAGGCUUUUCAGAUGUACCACCCCAGCUAUUCAGCAGAUAUUUGGACCAGACAUUGAAUGAAAUAAUUCAGUGCAUCUUCAUUACUGUUAAAUACAGCAGUGUUCACUGAAGAAAGGAAUGAAAGAAUGUUAUGCAUUCUGACCCAUGCCUACCUCAUACAUCCCGGUGCACUGUAUGUAAACCUUUAUGUACUACAUGUAACCAUAUUCUUGAUUAGUUGGUAUAAACUGUGUACGCAAAAAAAUAAACUCUCAGUGAAUAAAGAG